AUGAUAUGGAUCAUGGCGUCUGGGCUGGCGCCGAAUAUCGGUGCACAACUCGCGUUCAGGUUUCUGGCGGGGAUAUUCGGUUGUCCACCCCUGACUUGUGCGGGGGGUACGGUUGCCGAUUUAUGGAAUCCGCUGGAGAAAACGCUUUUGUUCCCUAUGUACGCCAUCCUCUCCUUCGGGGGCCCUGUGCUGGGCCCCGUGAUUGCAUCGUGGAUGGGACAGGGUGUUUUGUCGUGGCGGUGGACGAGCUGGAUUAUCCUCAUUGCGUCGGGGCUGGUAAUGGCGACGGUCAUCCUCUUCCAGCCCGAGACGUAUUCUCCGCUUUUACUGAAGUGGAAGGCUCACCAGCUGCGCAUGCGGACGGGCGAUAGGCGCUUCCGCGCGGCGAUGGAGCUUGAGAAAACAGCGCUGGUCACGCGCAUGGCGGGUGCUUGUUUCCGACAGUUCGAACUCACCAUGCACGAGCCUAUUAUCCUGCUGAUAUCGCUGUAUAUGACAAUUAUUUAUAUCGUGCUGUUUACUUUCUUCGAUGGGUAUGAAUAUAUCUACACCGAUGUGCAUGGUCUCUCACAGGGACUGACGAACAUCGUCUGGGUCGCAAUGUAUUGCGGAAUUAUGCUGGUUGGGCUGCUUGUGCCGUUGGUAUAUCGGUGGACGAAGCGUGAGUUUCAGCGUGCUGCUGCGGAGGCAGAGCCUGGCGCAGACGGGAAGAAGAAGGUUCAUACGAGGCCGGAGAAUAGGCUUUGGUUUGCUAUGAUGGGGGCGCCGUUUAUUCCUAUUGGGUUGUUUUGGAUGGGUUGGACGGACUAUAGCAACAUCUCAAUCUGGUCCCCCAUAAUCGCCAGUGCCGUUUUCGGCUUUGGCACGAUCACCGUCUUCAUCUCCUCUUACAUGUAUGUCAUCGACAGCUACGAUAUCUACGCUGCCUCAGCGCUGGGCUUCAUGACUGUAUCGCGGUACGCGGCGGCGGGCGGGAUGACGGUUGUCGGUGUGCCGUUUUAUAAGAAUAUGGGGGUUCAUUAUACACUUACGAUUCUGGGGUGUAUUAGUGCGGUUAUGACGGUUGUGCCGUAUGUUUUCUAUAGGUGGGGGCAUGUUAUUCGGGGGUGGAGUCGGUAUGCUGUUAAUCAAUGA